UGGAACGGAUGGGCUACUCGUCAUUGCGUUUGAACUAAGUGCCCCUUCACCGUCUGCCCCUUCUCUGCUCAUGUCCACCUUUGCCAUGGAAACGUCUUUUUUCGCAUAGUCAUCUUACCAACGCGCCACCUGCCGUCCCUCGAGCCCCCUUUCUCCCCGCGCAUUGCUCCCGUGCACCUUCAACCGAUCUCCCGACUCUACCUCCGACGCCCAACUGCUUCCUCUCUCGACACGACAUGGCGUCUGCCCUGAACAAACGCCAGCAGGCGCGUAACGAGCGCACAUUACAGGAACUCAUCAAGUCGGUUCCUGGGAAUGGAAACUGCGCAGACUGCGGCGCGCGCAAUCCAGGAUGGGCAAGCUGGAGCCUGGGCAUCUUCCUGUGCAUGCGAUGCGCAGCCUUGCAUCGCAAGCUGGGCACGCACAUCUCCAAAGUCAAGUCGCUGAGCAUGGACAAGUGGGACAACGCCCAAGUUGAUAACAUGAAGCGCAUCGGCAAUGUCGAGUCCAAUAAGACAUACAACCCCCGUAACGUCAAGCCGCAAAUGCCCAUCGAUAUCGACGAGGUAGACAGUGCUAUGGAACGGUACAUCAGGGCAAAGUACGAGCAGAGAAUAUACCUCAACGAUUCACGGCCAGGCACACGACAAAACACGGGUAGCACGAGCUCAGAAGACCGACCGCCGCCAUUACCACCGAAGCCAAGUGGUCGCUUUGGAUUCGGGCUGCGUAAAGCCGCAACUUCGCCGCGCAACAUAACACCUCCCAUCUCCCCAGGCCUCGAAGAAUUCCGACAAGAUUUGUCCCCGCCCCGAGUAAACAAGCCUUCACGCGUGUUUGGCUCCAAUGUACAUACAUCAGGCGACGGCAUGGACUCCAAAUUAACCACACUUCGGGACAUGGGCUUUCCGGAUGAGAAGCGCAAUUCCACUGUACUAAAGGGUCUGAAUGGGAACCUCGAUCGAGCAGUCGAGGCUCUGAUCCGACUGGGCGAACAAAAUCCCGUCAUAUCAAGAAGUACCACACCAACUCCGCCUACGAAGCCUGUGGCCAACGGUUUAUCUUUCGACAAUGCACCCGCCGCCUCAUCGUCUAUGAAUCCCUUUGAUGCACUAGAUGCACAAGCGCAGGCUCCUCAACAGCAGGCAUUAUAUGGGGGAGCUCAAGGACAGCACUCGUAUCCUUCGAAUUCCUACAAUCCGUUUUUAUCACAGGCAUCCCAAGGUUAUACCCAGCAGCAGGUUCCCCAGCAGCAGCAGCAGCAGCAGCAGCAGCAGCAACAGCAACAACAACAACGACAGCAAAGCCUUGGAUACCUGCCAAAUCCCUGGGAACAGCAACAGCAACAGCAACAGCAGCAGCAGCAGCAGAGCCUCGAACAAUCUUUCCAAGGUAUGCAAGUUUCGAGUUUGCAGCCUCAACAACCCCUGUUUCCAAACCGAACCGGCGGUUAUGGGCAAUCACAAAUCUCGUACGCUCAAACAAACCCAUAUCUCCAACCUUUCGCGCAACCUUCUAUGCCACAGGUACCUGAGCAGUACAACUCCUUCAUGGCGCCACAGCAACCGCAGUACCAGUCCAUGUCCAGCCCUUCAAGUCCAGGAAACCCCUUCCUAAAGUCGUCCCAAAGCCAAAUAUUCACACCAACCAAUAUCGCAAACUCGAAUCCUUUUGGACAAUCGCCCUUCCAGCAGCAGGCAACGCAGCCACAGUCAGUUACAUCUCAGCAGCAGAUGCCUAAUCCAUGGUCGCAACAACAACAAGAGCAACAACAACAACAAAGUCAAGUUCCAACUUCCCAGUUAGUAAACCCUUGGCAAAAUCAAUCUGGUUACCAAGCCCAGAUCCAGACCCCUGUUCAAAACUACCAGAGCCAGCAGCAAAGCUUCCAGAAUCAACAACAGUUGUACCAGCAACAAAGUUCCAACCCAUUUGAUAAGAACGCUUCGAUUCUCUCCUUGUACAACCAACCACAGGCUCCAUCUCAGCAGCCAGCACAGCAACAAGUUCAACCAACAGGUACACAGGCUCCGGUACCAGCCGCACCAGCUACUCAAGCACCCGGCCAGUCGAAUCCAUUUGCUAGCAUGUCUGCUGCGCCCCAAGGCCAAGCUUUGUCUGCUGCACAGACACCGGGUGUGAGACAUGUUAGCAACGAGAGUGUAGAUUUUUCUGGACUAAUGGGUGGACGUCAUUCGCCUGAUGCCUUUUCUGGACUAAGCUCUAGCUUCCGACGUUGAAGAUACUUGCUAGAUUGCAUGACGUUGAUGUACAGCUAAAGUAGCAUGUUUCUAAUUUUGGAGGAAAGUUAAUAUUGGAUAUAUUGAACGAGUGUUUCGGGUUGUGCUAGAAGGUUUUGGGAGACUGACUUGUUGUAUGAUACCUGGUGGGUAGGAGCGGUGCCACAUUACCUAUGAUCAUAGUUGCUAUCUCAUUGUAAUUGAGUCUGUAUGAGAAGUGGUUAUUUCUGGAUGCCACGUUCAUGUGCUGUCUGUCAUGUUGGCAUCUUGGUAGCUGGUAGCUGGGGACGAAUGCGUCUUCUCUGUAGCCUUGUAUGCUGGACAUUUGUUUCAUGUUUCUUGUUCGACUAGAUCAGGCUAGUAUUAAUUACACGAGUUAACAAUAUAUGCUGGUC